CGCUCUCGACCCCUCUCUUCCUCUCUCCAGUCAAAAGCCAACCGCACCUACCCCAAAUCUUUCCAUCUCGAAUCUCUAGUUCCCCUGCUUUGGAGCUGCCCCCCUCCCCCACCGCUGUGUGCCCUUUCAGACCCGCUGGGCACGAACCUUGGUCAGAGGAAGGGAAAGGGCUAUCGGUGGCGGCUCUCAGGACUGUGGCAUCAGUGUAUUGGGUCUCGGCGGGCAGCGCGCUAAACACCUCGCGUCUCUGGCAGGCCAGAACCCCAAAGCCCUUCCCCACUGGGCGCUUUGGUUUCCUCUGGAAAUGGGCUUUCUACCUCAACCUGGGCUCCCUCGGGCCUAUGGUGCCAACUCACGACAGUGCGUUGGAGAAGAUGAGGCUGGUCAGGAAAAGAGUCAGGCACUCCACGAGCACGGCGGCAGGCAUGGAGCAGAGCGAGGGCACCAUCCAGGUGCAAGGCCAGAGUCUCUUCUUCCGAGAGGCACGGCCGGUCAGUGGGCAGGCUCAUUUCUCUGUGCUGUUGUUGCAUGGUAUCCGCUUCUCCUCCGAGACCUGGCAGAACCUGGGUACGCUGCACAGGCUGGCCCAGGCUGGUUACCGGGCUGUGGCCAUUGACCUACCAGGUACUUCAGGGGCAGGCUUCUGGGCAGGAGUUGGGGCAUCUGGGAAGAUAUAGCCAGGCUGGGCCCAGAGCUUCUCCAGUCUUGAUCCUGAUGUGGUCUGGAUACUGCCCAGUUGCUCCUCGCUGUUACCAGGCAGUGCCUCAGUGUCUCUGAGCCUGUUUACUCAACUAUAAUGGAAGUUAACCACACUCAUGUUUGGGGCAGGCUCUAGUAAGAAUGGAAUGAGAUUAUCCAAUGAGUGGGAGUUAAGUAGCUAGUACCUGAUACAUAGUAAUUGAUGACUGGCCAAUUGGAAGUAAAAUAUUUUCACUAAGCUAUAACCACAGGUUGUUGGAGCUCUGAGUAGUAAGACCUGAGUCUCCUCGGGGCAGGGCCUGGUCAGGGGCCAGGCCCCCAGUUGUGAUUCCACAUGCAAAUCCCAGAUCUAUCUCUGGGGGAUAUAAGGGCAGCCCUCAGACCACCUGUUAUAAUAACUAGGACUGCCUGUUAUAACAAGGACUGCUGGGUCCCAGCUGUUAGUGGAAGGGACAGGGCAGCAUGGUUGAUCUGAACCUCUCACUGGCCAGACUGGUAUGGUUUCAGAGGUCAAGGGCAGGCCUCCAGCUUGGGCAGGACUCCUUAUGACAGUGGGUUGGGCUGAGCUUUAGGGUAAAGGUCUUGAGCUAAUCUUGUUGAUGAAGGUGGCGGGUAGAUAUCAGUGUAGAACUGGGCCUUGAGCCACUGUUUUUGAGAAACCCACCCUGUGCUGAUCCAGGGCCAAAUGCCUUUUAAGCACAGCAGUCUUAACUGGCAGAUAAUUUUGUUAUUCCCUUUUUUUUUUUGAGGCAGAGUUUCACUUUGUUGCCCUUGGUAGAGGGCCGU